CGGAACCUUCUUUAGGCUGUUAUUAAGGCUGAUUUGCACAUCACCUGGACAGUCGAUUGUGUUGUCUUCGGAGAAAUCGUGGACCAUAAAUGAGCGUACACGAGCUUGAAUCUGUGAAAACCAAAAAAGUUCGCGGCAUCCAACCCACACCUCAAAACGCCAAGCCGACAUGUCCGAGAAGAAGAACAUCGUUAUUACGGGGUCCGCUCGGGGGAUCGGACGUGCAACUGCCCGCCACCUAGCGCUUCUAGGCCACAGGCUGUUCCUGAUUGACAUCGAUGCCGAAGAGCUCUCCUACACGGCCAAAACGUAUAUCCCGGGGGCAUUGACCGGCCAGGUCAAUGGCAACAAGGCCUCAGUUGGUGUUGGCCAUGGCGCUUGCGAUCUGAGGGACCCUGCAGCCAUCAAGUCGACAAUCAAGGCCGCGGCUGAAUACUUUGGCGGACGAAUUGAUGUGCUGGUCAACAAUGCCGGCAUAGCGAGGGCCCAGUUUAGCGGGGGCCGCAGCAUGGCAGACCCUUCCGUGUUCGACGAAUGGCAGGCCUACAUGGAGACCAACCUCACCGCGCCCUUUCUCGUCAGUCAGGCCUGCAUACCGUUCAUGACGAUCCAAGACGACGGGCGGAAAGAGCACGUCGAUUCCGUCAUCAGACCAGAGGCUGCUUACGCGGCCACGGAGAGACUCACGGAAAACCACCGGAGCACCUUUUCGGCACGCGCCAAGCAGGGCCCAUCAAUCAUCAAUAUCGCCUCUUUCCGUGCUCGCCAGUCGGAGCCCAACUGCGAGGGUUACGCAGCAUCAAAGGGCGGAAUCUUGGGGCUGACACAAGCUAUGGCUAUCUCGUGCGCCCAGUGGGGAAUCAGGUGCAAUGCCGUUCUCCCGGGAUACAUCUAUGUCCAGCACGAAAACAAGCAAGCAGAUGAAAUCGAGGGUCACGAGUGGUGGGCCAAGGAUGUCCCCGCCGAGCGACACCGGAAGCACCCAACGGGUCGCAUUGGGUAUGGCGAGGACAUCGCAGAGACCAUUGAGUGGCUCAUGGGUGCCGGUUUCGUGACAGGACAGGAAAUUGUCGUGGAUGGAGGCAUGAGCAAGAUUAAACACGUGGAUGCUUGACUCGAACUUCUCACAUUUCACAGGCAUCUUGACCUCAUUUUACAGCUUCAAAUCUAUCAUAUAUCAUCA